GAUGGAGCACGGCUAAUGCCGGUGUGUGUCGCGCCCGCCCGCCCUGCGCUCCCCCCGCUGAUGCUUGGGCUCGGUGCCGCCUGUCUCGCCCGCCCCGCGCUCGUCGCCGGGGCCGGGGCCUUGGCCUCUGCCGGACUGCGCCAAGUGGAGCCGGGGACCUGCCGCGGCCCCGAAUCCCAGCACAUCUGAAGCGACUGCAGGCACUUUAAAGAUGCUCAUGAGUGUGGAGGAGGAACUGGAGAACGACAGGCUGAGGAUGUGGUCCCUUGUGCAGGUUCAGUGGCAAAUAUGAACAUUUGUCACCACUUGACAACAACUCCUUGGGACAUCAUGAAUUUGCUGGAAUCUAGACCACAGAGCACUUACAAUAGCACCUUUUAAGUUUGCAUUUAAGUUGAAGAAACAAAAUAAUCAGCUGGACCAAUCGUAGUGAUGGCUAGCAAAAGAAAAUCCACAACUCCUUGCAUGAUACCAGUGAAAACACUGGUGCUUCAGGAGACUGAGCUGGACACUGUAGAGGAUGAUGGUGAAGGAACACAACAGGAUGCUCCAGCAGAAGGGCCAGCAGCUAGCGACGCUGGUGCCAGUACCAGUAAUAAUGGAGCUUUGUCUAAUGGGCACCGUGGUAUUGCUGAUGGUGACACUUAUAUUUGCAAGUCUUGUGACUUUGGAACUCAAGAGGCUCAUCAGUUCUUUGCACACUUGGACUCUGAGCACUUAGACUUUAACAAGGACCCUGCGUUUGCCUGUGUCGCCUGCAGCUUUCUGGCAAAUAGCCAGGAAGGGCUCUCACACCACAACGCAGAGUCACACGCUGGUGAGAUGAACUUCAUCUGGAGGGUGGCUAAGCAGGACAAUCGUACGACUGUGGAGCAAAGUCUCUGCGAGACCACCAGCAGCCAUGACCCUCCAGGAGAGGUCCCUGAAGAAGGGGCGGAUGGCCAGUCUGAAAUUAUCAUUACCAAAACCCCCAUCAUGAAGAUAAUGAAAGGUAAACCUGAGGCCAAAAAAAUCCACACGCUGAAGGAGAACGUGUCAAGCCAGCUAGGCAGUGAGUUGGAGGCAAAAGAUGGAGAGCAUUCAUUCCCAAAUGGGUCUGUGCCAGUCAGCCAGCCCGCUGCAGGCUCAACAAAAUCAUCUCAUAUUGUGAAUGGCUCCAUCAUAGGAAAUGUGCCAGUUCUUCAGGCAGGUGUUGCACAACUUGUGUCACUGCAGCAGCAACCCCCAUUGCAUCAGCAGCUACCUACUUCCAAGUCCCUUCCCAAGGUGAUGAUCCCCCUGAGCAGCAUUCCAACGUACAAUGCCGCCAUGGACUCCAACAGCUUCCUGAAGAACUCCUUCCACAAGUUCCCCUACCCCACCAAAGCUGAGCUCUGCUACUUGACCGUGGUAACAAAGUACCCAGAAGAGCAGCUGAAGAUCUGGUUCACUGCCCAGAGGCUGAAGCAGGGCAUCAGCUGGUCACCAGAGGAGAUCGAGGACGCCAGGAAGAAGAUGUUCAACACGGUGAUUCAGUCCGUACCGCAGCCCACCAUUACAGUCUUGAACACGCCGCUGGUCGCGAAUCCCGGGACCAUGCCCCAUCUUAUUCAGGCCACUUUACCAGGCCACGUGGUGGGGCAGCCAGAGGGGACAGGGGGCCUGCUGGUCACGCAGCCCAUCAUGGCAAAUGGAUUGAAGGGCACCAGCUCGUCCUUCACCUUGUCGGUGACUUCUGUCCCCAAGGUGCAGCCUACAGCACAGCACAGCACGGUCAGCUCCAGCAACACGUCCGGGGUAAAGGUGGUCAACAGCGGCCAGUCGCUGCUCACUGCCUGCCCAGCCAUCUCCUCCCAGACCUUCCUGGAUCCCAAUGUCUACAAAAAUAAGAAGUCCCAUGAGCAGCUCUCAGCCUUGAAAGGCAGCUUCUGCAGAAACCAGUUCCCUGGCCAGGCUGAAGUCGAGCGGCUGACGAAAAUCACAGGCCUGUCCACCAAGGAGAUCCGAAAGUGGUUCAGCGAUAGGAGGUACCACUACAGGAACGUGCGAGGCGGCCGGGCCGCCUUCCCCGGAGACAGCGCUCUCGACUCCCUGCCCGAGGUACCCUUCGAUGUCUCCUCCAGAGGAGCUGAGCUGAGCCCUGCAGCAGCGGCGGCUGUGCCAGCCGCUCACCACCCGCCACGCCGGCAGUCAUGGCACCAGGCACCCGACUUCACGCCAACCAAGUACAAGGAGCGGGCACCAGAGCAGCUGAAGGCCCUGGAGAGCAGUUUUGCCCAAAAUCCCCUUCCCGCAGAGGAAGAAGUGAACCGCCUGAGGGGAGAGACAAAGAUGACCCGGAGGGAGAUCGAUAGCUGGUUCUCCGAGAGGAGGAAGAAGAAGGUGGCAGAGGAAAAUAAGAAGGUGGAGGAAGCGACUCCGCAGGAGGAGGAGGAGGCAGAAAAUGGUGGCAAGGAAGGAGAGGACUCCUCAGAUGAGUUGAAAGCUGCAAGUGAAAAUGGCUCAGUCGAUGCCUCCGGCAACAACCUGAGCUCGGCCGAGCGGAAAGUGAAUCCCAUCAAAAUCAACCUGAAGAACCUCCGAGUGACCGAGUCCAACGGCAAAGACGAGGCACCAGGGGCCAGUGCCAGCGAGAAAGGGGACGGCGGCUCCAGCCGACCCCCCACGCCUCCAAAAACCAAAGUGAACUUCAAGAAGACAGCCCAGCAGCGGCACCUGCUGAAGCAGAUGUUCGUGCAGACCCAGCGGCCCACCAACCAGGAGUACGACGCCAUCGUGUCCCAGACGGGGCUGCCGCGGGCGGAGGUCAUUCGCUGGUUCGGGGACAGCCGGUACGGCUACAAGAACGGGCAGCUGAAGUGGUAUGAGAACUACAGGAGGGGCGUUUUCCCCCCGGGGCUGGUGGAGGUCAGCCCCGCGGGGCGGGAGGUGCUGGAGGAGUACUACGAGAAGCACAAGGCGCUGCGGGACGAGGACCUGCCCACGCUGUGCGAGCGCUCCCACCUCAGCGCCCAGCAGCUCAAGGUGUGGUUCGCCGUGAAGGCGGAGGAGGAGAGCAAGGCCACCGGCCCCGAGGAGCCUGGCGGUGAGGCGGCGGGAAGCCAGAAGGGGCCGUGUGAGGCUGGCUCGGAGGUGUCGGAGAGCAGCGAGUCGUGGGAGCCGGGCGGCCAGGAAGGCAGCGCUGCGACUCCUGAUGCUCCCGGCCCACCGCCGCCUGCACGGCUUGAAACAGACUGAGCUGAAACCACCAGCCCUGGAGGAUCUGCUUUUAUCCUUGAGAAAAAAAAUUUUGGUCUUUAAGAAACCCAUGGGCAGACAUGAUCCAAGCCUCAGGAGCAGGACGUGGUGAUAAAGCACUGCCAUAAAUGAGACCUUUGAGCAUAGCACACAGGAGAGCACACAUGCAAAAACUGGGCACUUGGUGCAGAGCUCUCAGUGGCCUGGCUGAGGAGAUGGCUGAGAGCUGGCGGAGGUGGGGGUCAGCUUGCACCCAGGAAAGAGGAUGCUCUUGUCUGCUUUCCAGUGGACAGACUUUCAGAUUUCAUAUUCAUAUACCAAUGCCUACAGCUGCCUAUACAAGCAUAACAAAUCUCAGACAUUGUGUAAACAAGGUCAUUGCUUAGAUAUGGACUAUCAUGGCACAGUACUUUUUUCCUUUUUGGUUUUGGGGUUUUUCCUUCAUCUGUCCUUUAAAGGUGUUUGUUCUCUAAAGGUUGGCAUGGCUGCACAGAUGCUCUCUGCCCUUUAUGGUCCUUAAGCCCUGCAGUGAAGGGCUUUGCAGGCAUACAAGCGUGUGUUAGGAAAGGAAAGGUAUCUGAGAAGGAAACAGCCAGCCUUGCAGUGGGAGUGGAGUGAGAUUUCUCACCCCUGCAGAUGAGGUUCAGUUUAGCAUCUCCAAUAAGCAGCAGGUUCCCAGACCCAGACAACCCAGGCGGUGUAAUUUGGUGUCGUUCAUCCUUUCCCCCUGCGCUCCUGGAGACUGACUGCAGCAGGCUAUUAAAUCUCCAAGUCUCUCUUUAAUCACCGAGAACUAGCACAUCAUAAUUUUUCCAUCCUGACCUGGAAUCCUUUUCAUUGUUCAGAGAGAACAAGCUGUUCUUCAGAGAACAAACACAGCGAGCAGGCAGUGUUGCUGUGAGUGGUUCAAGUCAUUGUCUCCAAGGGAUUGGCGAGGCAGCAGCUCUUCUGCAAUCAGGAAGUUUCCCUCUUGCAGCCCUACAUGACAGAUCUCCUGCAGCAGCGCUGGGAGCCUCAAGUGGUUGCUCCAGCCUUUUUUUUUUUUCUGUUUUAUUUAUCCCUUGGAUGCUUUUUUUUCCUUCCCCCCCCUCUCCAGUUUAUCUGGUGAAAGAACAAAAAAAGUUUCCCAGUUAACCUUCCUGCUUCCCAGUCCCUGUACCUUUUUAACGUGCCCGUGUCAUUUUGAGUGGUUGCUGUGAUGCAACUACUUGAAGAUUUACUCUUUUUAGUAUUCUUUUCUAAUAGAAAACAAGAUCUAGAAGGGAAACUCUUGAGCUGCAUAGUCCAGCCAAAUGCUGUGUCAGACUGCUCUGUCACAAACAAAUCAAAUCCCAGCUCAAAAUUGGUUCCAUGUCUUGCCUUCACUUUUGCUCUUGGAAGGCUAUUCCAGAACUUCACUGCCUUUGAAGGGUCAAGAAACUUUAUUUAAAGUUCUAGUUUGAAUUACUUGGUGGCUGGUUCAUUCCUGGUUUGCUUUGGAGCCAACAUUGUCCUUUAACUUAAAUAGAUUUUGGUGUUCGUCCACUGAUGUAUUUAUGGAGAGUAGUCCUGGCUCCUUUUUUUUUUCCAAGCUAGCUCAGCCAAGCUUUUUCAGUAGAAGGUUUUUAUUUAGUGAGAGCUUUUUAAUGUGGGAGACUUUAUUGUUGGUGGUAAAUGAUAUUUAUUAGAUGGGUGGGUAGCAAGCCCCAAAGGAUCGGAUCCAGAGGUUUACAGAACAAUCUGGUUUAAAAACAAAACAGCUCUUUCAGAACCUCUUCCAAGGAUGGUGUCUGAUUUCUACCUUCAACUGCCCUUGAUUUCCAAUUCUUUCCUCCCUGCUCUAAGAGGCUGCCUUGCUGAGCAUCUGGGAAGGAUUUAAUCUCUCAAUGCUUUGCUUCCUCUCACCUGGUGGUACUUAGUGGGUGCUGGUGCUGAGCUCCCUGGGCAUAUGGUGUAACCCCUGGGGCCAAGCCUGAGCAUCUGCUUCAGUAGGAGUGACCUGCAGCCUACAGAGAUGGGGCAGUUUGCUGCAAUCAGCCCUUAGCAGUCAGACAAACCCUCCCCAAAACACUGUGAGCAGGGGUGGUGCUGGCUGGGAGCACCCUGCUGUGACACCUGGCUCCCCAGGCAUCCCUCGGGAAGCACUAUUGCUGGUCAUGCCACGAUUGGAGCAGCCAUCCCACCUCGGCCUCGUGUUGGCUCAGCCGGGCAGCAUCCCUGCCGCCCUCCUCCAGCAGAGCAGGCCAGCUGCACUGCAAAGGCAGCCAGAGCCCCAGGGGUUCAAUCCUGCACACCUUGAAAUGUCACAGGUGAUAGGAAGAGCUGGGUGGUCCUAGAGCUGGAGGGAGCAGAUCUGGGAGCCGUGCAGCCUGAGAGAAUGUGCGUACAGUGAUACCUUCAGAGAACAAAUACAGGUAGGUCAAGUUACUCUCUAGUGUCUAUGUACUUGCAGGUUUAUUUAAGUACACAUAUAAUACAGUUCAGAUAUGCCAUUGAUUCUUUAUUGCAUUAAGAGGUACAUUAAAAAUGUACACUUUUACUAACUACUUGCUAUAUAAAUACUUGGGAAGUGUAGUUUGCCCAUUCAAGGUGAUUUUCUGUGGGGUUUUUGGUGUACACUUAAGGGCCUAUGGCUAAUUGGAAGAGUGAUCCCCGCUCCAUCUACAGGAAUGCUGAAGGACGGUGGUGUGAACUGGCCCCCCUGAGCCAUUUGUCCAUGCACUAGCUGAGAUGUUUUGCACUCGGAUUGGAUCUGGCCAGUUUUCCAGGAAAAAAAAAAGGAAAAUAAAAUUGAAAAGAGAAGUCUUUUGAGCUAGAGGGAGAACUUCCCGGUGUACACAGAAAAAACAGCCUUGAGGGUUGGAAGCUCCUGAGGUUUCUGAGCUUUGUCUCCAUGCAUUCAUACAAGCACAGCAGGAGUUUUUCUUGCUUUUGGGUCAGAGGAAUUUUAAAAUGUGGUUCCACACAGCCUCCCCUCAGAUGUGACAGCAGGGCUAGCAAAGCCCCGUUUCAGGGGGGAGGGCAAGAUUUAAAGUAAAAAACCAAAAUCAAACAGAAAUUGAGUUCCCUUUCUAACUGCUACAUUCCUUCUUAGCUAUGUUUUUUUUCAGUUGACUUGAAAUCCCCCUGUAAGUAUAAGCUAAAGGUCUGGAGGGCUUAGCUCUGUAGCCCUGUAGCCCUGUUUCCCUAUUGCACCAGUUUUGAAUCUGAGAAGCAGGUGUCACCUCCAAACAGGCUCAGGUUUUGGUACAGGAUGUGAGAAAUGUGUUUGCAUCUGAAACUCGAAGGAAUAAUUGAGAGGUGGCUUGACAGUCCCAGCAAGCAGCUCUUCUGGUGUUGAGAGGAAGUGUCACCACAAUUCUCCACGGUGUGUGAAUAUUUAUCAUCAUCUAAUCAAAGAUGACUAUCUUGACUUGAAAGGAGGGCUGUGAGAUAGCGGUUGUGUGGCCAGCAUCAGUGAAGAAGGGAAACUGAAUUCUUCACCAUCAGCUGUGUGAGAGCUUGGGCUCAACAGGCACGUAGGAGCCAUCAUUUGUAAUCCCUGUGAAUCUUGUUAUUUAUGUCUCUGAGGCUGCUUAGAUUAAAGGCACAAUCCAAUUGCUUAAUAACCCAAACCCCUGCUUUGUGCCGUGCCUGGCGUGCUCACGUAGAGAGCUGCUGGUUCUUCUGAUGCAAGAACAGAGUUACCUGACUCACUACCAGCAAGCCCUCAGGUUUCUAGGCAUGGCUCUCUGUUUCAUUUGGGUAGCUUAUUUUUCAGCUCCUUAAUUAGCAUCUUGGAAAUCUUUUGUUGGUUUGUUUUCUUCAGUAGCAGAGCACUAACCAAACCAUGAUGUACAGGCUCCUAUCUCCAAACCAUGAUUUACAGGCUCUUAUCUCCACCUGCCUGAGAGCCAGAUGCUGCUGCACAUCCAGCUUGCAGCCAUAGCCACGGGAGUGGGCACAGGGGCUUGCUUUGAUGCAUGGCACAUAGGUAUUUGGUGCAGCUGCGUAUUCCCUCCUUGCCAGGGUCUUGUGUGGGUCACCAUGAGAAGCCACUAGCAAAAGCAGUAGCUGCUGGCAGCAGCGAGGAGAAAUUCUGUAGGCAGCCCACAGCUGAAUGCAGAACACGAACCUGCCCAUCCAUGCUCCAGAGGCUGGAGCUGCCAGCUACCUGCUUGGUUAAUUUGCUGGAUGUCCUCUCUCUCCGUGCAGGAGGAAAAGGAGGAUGGAGGAGGCUGGGUUCCCAUUCAGGAUUUGGGCUAUGGUUUUGAAGGGAUUUUUUUAAGUGAAAAGCAACCCUUUUUGGUCACAAGUAGAAAUGUUGUAUUCUGUCUUCCCUGCAGUCCUUCUCAGAGAUACUACAGAGGCAAGGUGAUGGGAAGACAGUGUUUGGAAGCUGGGAAUCAGAAGAGGAAGGUGAUCUUUCUGCACUUAGACACGAAUGAGAAAGUUCACAUAACUUUGCACCUUCCCCUCACAGUGAUAGUAUUUAAAGGACUUGUGAACGUCUCUCCUCUUGCCCAGAUGAAUUUGGCUUUGCUCUUUACAAAUCAAUUGGUGGCCCAGUGUGAUUCAGCUCACUGCAGCAACCUCUGUAGUAAUUAACUCAGCUGAGCACAAAGCCAGCAGGGUAAAAUCAGGCAACGCUACACAUGGAGGUGGGAGAUGAGACCCUUGCAAGCUUCGGUGCCAGUUUAUUUUCUGCUGUAUGUUGCGCUGGCAGCGGUCCCUGCCAGGAGUGCUGGAUUGGCAUCACAAAACUUUAUCAAGCAGAGCAAGGCAGCUCUGUAACCUAAGCAGCAAUUGAUUAUUUUUGUUACUAUUAUUACUUCUUAUUUCUGUGUUUUCCUGUUAUUUUGCCUGUUCCAGUGCAACGUUGGCUGAUGUUGGCUAUGUAUUGAUGGCACAGUUAAAAACCACACUUUCCCCUUACUGAUGGAAGGUGGUUUUGGGAGGGCUCUUGCUUACUGGUGCUAGUGAAGGUUGGGCUCAGAAUCCAUGGCCUAGAAAACUUCUUGCUCAAAUUGCACUUUCUCUCUGCCCCACCUGGCUCGUGGUGAUGUUAUGGGUACGUGGCUGUGAUCCCCCCCUUGCACACACUAACAUUGCACUAAAAGAGAGACUUUGGUGUUGAUCACUUUGGUUCUCAGCAGACCACAGAGUCAGCCUAAUGGGGUCUCUUUAUUUUUUUUUCUUCUUUUGUUUUGUUUUAAUUAUUGUUAUUUAGAAAUCAUGCUGGUGCUGAGUGACCUGGAACUUUCUUCUUUUUCUUUUAAUUUUUUUUUUUUUUUGGCUUGGAUUUAUCCAAAGGAAAAUGUAAUUGUAGCUGCAAUGGGACCUUUCAUAAGGGUGGCCGUGCAGCUAGGGAGCAGAGCGAGGGCUCUGCUGCGUAAACCGUCUUUGUACUGGGGAUGUCUGGGGCUGGGGAGGGAGGUUCCAGUGGGCUUAUUAUUGUGUUUGGUUUUGGUUUUGUUUAUUAAGACCAGAAUUUUAGCUGGUCACCUUGGCAAUCGUGUGAGACAGGAAAUAGUUUUUACUUUUGGUAAAGGUUUUAAAGAGAUUUAAGUAAAACCACAAAUCAAGCAAAGCUGCCUGUGAUUGUGGGCUGUGGCUAUUACUAGGGCUAGGGUAGCUUGUACCUGCUAUGGAUGUUGCCUGCUCUUAUGCUGAGGGCAAGAACUCCCUGUAGCAACAAUGCCACUUCUGAGAAGUGAAUGGCAAGUUUCCCUUCCUUUUGUAUAUGUGGAUGUGAGGGUGGACGAGGGGAAGAGCUUGCUUGUACAGUUUGUUGAAAUGAAACCAGACAUUUUUGGUUGUUCCUAAAUAAAGAGCGUAAAAGACGGA